GAUUACUUACUUCUGCUCUAGAUUUAGCCCAUUGGUGUUGGCAAAUGACAGCCAUAUUCUGACUUCAAUUCUCUACUUGCAGGUUCUAACCUGGUUGGCAAUAGGAUCACACAAAUGAACCCGUUUUUUGACAUUUUGAUGAACAAAUCUGGAGAAACCGAAUCCGAGGUGUUGGUCAACCCGUCAAUCGUAUAGCUAAAGAGCUGUACAAUGGUGGAUGGUGGUAUGAUCCUUCCUCUGCUCAUAAUGGUAGCCUUUUCAUCUCCUAGUAUAGAAGAUGAGGAGCUGAAGGUGAACUCCGGCCAGUACAAAUGUGUGUGCGAGGGGAUCUCGUGUGGCGGUGGAAACCACUGUUAUGGGCAGCAGUGCUUCUCUUCACUUAGCAUAAAUGAUGGCCAAUUCGUCUAUCAGAAAGGCUGCUUCCAAGUUUACGAACAAGGCAGGAUGACAUGCAAGACCCCUCCGUCUCCAGACCAGGCCGUGGAAUGCUGUCAGAGCGACCUCUGCAAUGUCAACAUCACAGCCAACCUGCCAAGCAAGGGGAGGACUUUACCCGGCGAGGCGUUAAGUUACAGCGUGGAGACUCUGGCUAUAUUCGUCCUGGCCCCCGUCAUCGUGUUAAUAGUUCUUUCCGUUGUGGCCCUCUUGGUCUUCCGGAAAAUCCAGCAACGGCACAUGGAGAGGUUGAGUACGAGAGACGCAGAGUAUGGCACCAUAGACGGCCUGAUUGCAUCAAACGUUGGAGACAGCACUCUUGCGGAUCUGCUGGAUCACUCGUGUACGUCUGGCAGUGGAUCUGGUCUCCCCUUCCUGGUACAGAGAACCGUGGCUCGCCAGAUCACCCUUGCAGAGUGUGUUGGUAAGGGCCGUUACGGUGAAGUCUGGCGUGGCCUCUGGCAAGGUGAAAGCGUGGCAGUAAAGAUUUUUUCGUCACGAGAUGAGAAAUCCUGGUUCAGAGAGACAGAGUUGUACAACACAGUGCUGCUGAGACAUGAAAAUAUUCUAGGUUUUAUCGCCUCGGACAUGACUUCCAGAAACUCCAGCACUCAGCUGUGGCUGAUUACUCACUAUCAUGAAAUGGGAUCUCUCUACGAUUACUUGCAAGUGACGACCUUGGACACUGUGAUGUGCCUCCGCGUCGUCUUGUCCAUCGCCAGCGGACUGGCACAUCUACACGUAGAGAUAUUCGGCACCCAGGGAAAGCCGGCCAUUGCUCACCGAGAUUUGAAGAGCAAGAACGUUCUUGUGAAGAAGAAUGGCCAGUGCUGUAUAGCAGAUCUAGGAUUGGCCGUGAUACACUCGCAGUCCACCAAUCAGCUGGAUGUUGGGAAUAACCCCCGGGUGGGGACGAAACGGUACAUGGCUCCAGAAGUUUUAGAUGAGACGAUCCAGGUGGACUGUUUCGACUCUUACAAGAGAGUGGACAUUUGGGCUUUUGGACUGGUCCUCUGGGAAGUUGCCAGACGAAUGGUUAGCAACGGUAUUGUUGAAGACUACAAACCUCCAUUUUACGAUGUUGUCCCGAACGAUCCUAGUUUUGAAGAUAUGAAGAAACUUGUUUGUGUGGAUCAACAAAGACCAAACAUUCCCAACAGAUGGUUCUCAGACCCAACGCUAUCAUCACUUGCUAAGCUGAUGAAGGAAUGCUGGUAUCACAACCCCUCUGCGAGACUCACAGCCUUGCGCAUCAAAAAGACUUUAACCAAAAUUGACAAUUCCUUAGAUAAACUGAAAUCAGACUGCUGAAGAUUUUGUCGGCACUGCCGCCACUUCCGUGCAUCAAUUGUACGACAAAAAAAAAAAAUGUUUCAAAUACAGUGCUUGCCUGCCGAGGUGUAGACUUUGUUUUCAGUUCUUUUCAUGUGCGACUUUUAAACACACGCCUUUUAAGGAGACAAUCCCGCUAUGGAACACUGGAACCUCGAUGAAUUACUUUAGUGCACAUUUGGCACAAAUCUGCCUUCCAAGCAGCCGCGACAGCUUGACGAUUGCAAAGAUCCGGAUCUGAAGGGGCAGUGUAGAAAUUUCAGUACCGAUCUGGGCAUUAAAGGGUGAAAUUGGAGGUUAAAAAAAAAAAAUAAGUGAUCGCUUUUCGCCCACUUCUAAGGAAAUCACGCGGAUCUUAUCGGAUUUUUAACUAGCAAUAUUUUACGUGCUUCUUUGUUUGAUUGCACUACAGAUUCCUCGCAUUCCUUACUUGCACUGUAACGGUUUCAUUUUAAUCGACCGAUGCCAAAUAUAAGAUUGGCCGUGUACAGAUCGAUGUUGCGAAUUAUACCCAUCCAUUUUUUGGGUAAUGAUGUAAAAGAAAAAAAGAAAAAAAACAAAGCCUAAUAUGAGAGUGUCGGCAUUGGCUGCCUCUUAUGUGUACUGAUGUUUACAAUAAUGCUGAACAUAAGAAUUUUUUUUUUUUUUUGGACUGUAUGAAAUUUCAAAAUUAUUUAUUACUAGUGCACUUAAAGGUUUCCAGAAAAAACUGAACAGUGCAAAAGGCUAUGGCUACAUUUUUGUGUUUUUUAUUUUAUUUUUGUUUUUUGGUUUUACACUUAAUUUUGUAACACAUUUAUGAUGAGGAAUAGACCUUUUUUUAUUUUUACUCUAUUUACUGUAUCAUCACGUUGCAUCAAUUCACAUUCUUCUUUCUCCAUAUUGAGAAGUUGUGUGGUCUAUAUCCAUUGACCGGAUUCUAAACCUUAUCAAGUGUCGCACCCAUUUUUCCAGCUUGCCUUUUAUUGACAUAGGAAACGAAGACAUGAUAUACAAGGUUCCUUGGAGAGAUUCUGGAUACUCAUUCAAAUAUUAAAGGGAGGGUGGGGGAGAGAGAGAGAGAGAUGCCUUUCUUCUAAGCUAUGUAAUAUGUUGCGUUGUAAACUUUGCCAGAAAAUAACUAUUUUGUUUUAAUCUACUUUUUGUAUUUAGUAGUUAUUUGUAUAAAUUAAAUAGAAUGUUUUGAAGUC